AUGCUCAGAGAUACAGAGUCAGAACCGCAAGGUCCUGGAAAGGACACUAUAUUUGCUGAGCUGAUAGAGGAAGCCAAGCGCGCAGCCAGCGAUGUGGGUACAAUGUCAAGGUUUUCACUCACAGUCAAGUUACUUCAGGCCAAGUCGUACUACCGGAUUAGCAAUGUUGCAUUCAACGCGAUACUCCUGAUUUUGGCCUUGCAAUACCCUACUAGCUCAAUACCAAAGUCAUACGAGGAGGAUUAUGCCAAGGAGAAUAAUUGCCCCAAGUGCAAAGCCUCCAGAUGGAAAGAUGCUGAUGGUAGGAGACAGAUCCCAAAGAAGGUGUUGAGGCACUUCCCAUUGAUUCCAAGGCUGCAAAGAAUGUUUCUUUCAAAGGAGCAAUCAAAGGAAGUACAAUGGCACAAACUGAAGCGGCAAGACGUGGAGAAUGAUCUCAGUCAUCCAGCAGAUGGGGAUGCAUGGAAGGAUUUUGACAAUAUUCAUAAAGACUUUGCCGCUGAUGCCAGGAACAUAAGGCUUGGACUUGCCACAGAUGGUUUUAAUCCAUACGGGAAUAUGAGCAACUCCUACAGCAUGUGGCCUGUAUUCGUGGUGCCAUACAACCUUCCACCGUGGGCAUGUAUGGAUCAGUCCAACUUCAUGCUGACAUUGCUAAUCCCUGGUCCAUCCUCUCCAGGAAAAGAUUUCGAUGUCUUCAUGGACCCUUUGAUGGAAGAGCUGCAGGAGCUCUGGAAAGGUGUAAAAUCAUAUGAUGCCCAUAGUCCAGACAAGUUUGAUCUCCGUGCUGCAAUCUUAUGGUGCAUUCAUGAUUAUCCGGCACUGCACACAUUGUCAGGGAGGGCCACAACUGGUUACCAGGCAUGUGUGCGUUGUGACAAAGAGAAUUGCUCCAAGAAAUUAAGGAACAAAAUCUGCUUUAUUGGGCACCGCUGUUGGCUACCUCGGUACCAUCCUUGGAGAAGUAGCAAAGAAUACAAUGGUGCUACUGAAAGGCGUGAGAAGCGAGCAGAAUUCACUCCAGAAGAGCUGAAAGAACAGCUUGAUAGGGUUAGAGAUGUGAUACCAUGCAAGCUUCAGAAGAAAAGGAAACAUGAGAACGGUCAGUGUUGGAGCCGUAGGUCAUGUUUGUGGGACUUGCCAUACUGGGAAGAUCUAAAGCUGAGGCAUAAUCUCGAUGUAAUGCACAUCGAGAAAAACAUCUGUGACAAUCUGAUUGGUACUUUCAUGAACAUACAAGGCAAGACAAAGGACACUGUGAAUUCAAGGCUUGAUUUGGAAGACAUGGGCAUAAGAGGUGACUUGCAUUUGCAGCCUAUUUCAGCUGACUCUUUUGAGAUGCCACAGGCGUGGCCGGAGGGAUCGAUUGCCGAAGCAUAUAUUGUUGAUGAGUGCCUGACAUUUUGCUCGAGAUACUUCGACGAUGUUGAAACAAGAUUCAACCGUCCAAGCAGAAAUCCGGAGCGGGAUGAUUGA